GACGUCAUUUCCCCUCCUCGCGAGCGUACCCAAAAUUCAUCUCGAACUCAUCCCAUCUCAUCCAAACGUCCCUCCCCUUUUUUGGCUGCACAUAAUUUCGAGAUGCCACCGCCCCGGCCGAACCUCGAAUUAUAUCUGGUGACAGAUUCCGUGAACCUACCCCCCAAUUCGACUGUCUAUUCUCAGGUGGAAGCAUGUCUAUCUGCCAGGCACCCCCCGACUAUUGUUCAGAUACGCGAGAAACACCUCUCCACCGCCAAAUUUAUUGAGCUUGCCCGUGAUAUUUACGCCCUCACUUCUAAACAUGGGGUGCCUCUGCUUAUCAACGAUCGUGUAGAUGUUGCAUUGGCUGUUGGGUGUGAAGGAGUUCAUUUGGGGUGGGAUGAUAUGGGUACCAAUUCUCUUUCUUUACCCCUAGGCUCCACUUGCCCUGCAGCACGCCGACAAUGAGCAGAUGUUCCUACUGCUCGAAAGCUAUUAGGCCCAGAAAAGAUCAUCGGUCUCUCGGUAUCCGACCAUGAGCAACUUGAGAAAGCUUUGGGGGUGGAUCCGACAUAUCUUGGGAUUGGGCCGGUUUUCUCCACCCCUACCAAACCUGACCACAACCCCCCGCUAGGUACACCGGGUGUCCGCUCAUUACUAUCCGCUAUACCUGCUACGAUGCAGGCUAUAGCAAUUGGUGGGAUAAACCAUGGCAACGUUCAGCGCGUUUUAUUCCAAUCCAAAGACAUUUCCGGGAGACGGCUGGAUGGGGUGGCUGUAGUUUCUGCUAUUAUGGCUUCACCACUGCCUGUGGGGGCUUGCAAUUUACUCCAUGAAACUAUAAAUUGGCCUCCCCUAUUUGUGCCUACGGAUUAUUCCAUCCAAACAGAAGAUUUCCCCAUUUAUAGGGAUAACAUCCACAAACACAAGCCGUUGGUUCAUCACAUUACAAACAAUGUCGUGAAAUCCAUGUCAGCGAAUAUAUCUCUGGCCAUCGGUGCCUCUCCCAUCAUGUCGGAGAAUCCCGCCGAGUUUGCCGAUCUCGCUGCCUUGCCAAAUGUGGGUUGUGUGCUCAACAUGGGCACUUUUACCGGUGGUAGAGAGUUCCAAGACCUCUUCCUUGGGGCACUGAGGGAGCACAAUGUUCGCGGGAAUCCCGUAAUAUUCGAUCCGGUGGGUGCAGGCGCCACCAGUGCCCGCAGGGAGUUUGCCCAAAUGAUCGUGGGCGGGGGCUACUGUACCGUCAUUAAAGGAAACGAGGGCGAGAUCAAGUCCUUAGCUGGGCUGGAGACGGUGAAAAUGAGAGGUGUCGAUGGAGCUGGUGGGGAAGGAAGUGAAGAAGAACUUGCUAAAGUUGUUCACGAUUUGGCAACUUUGGAAAGUACGGCUUUGGUGUUCAAUGGUAUUGAGGUGUGCUAACUCAUGGUUGUAGAUAAUAUUGUCCUCAUGACCGGGCCGAAGGACUAUAUAUCCAAUGGUGCUCACACUUUCUGUCUUACUAAUGGAUCAAAGUACCAGUCUCGCGUUACAGGCGUAUGUUUUUAUUUACUCCCGCUAUUUUGAUCUAUGCAUCUAAUUUUCAUGGAUAGGUUGGAUGCGCCCUCGGAUCGGUUAUUGCAGCUUUUUGUGCCGCAGCUCCAGUUGAUGAAAGUCUGAUUGGGCCAGUUAUUAGUGCAAUUGGAAUGUAUAACGUUGCUGCUGAAAGAGCCGAAAUGCUCUUGGAGGGUAGCGAUCAGCCAGGAAAGUGGGCAACGGUGUUUGUGGACUGCCUGGCGGCGAUUGCGAUGUCUAGCGAGAACCUGACAGAGCUGAUCGCUGCGCAUGAAGUGAGGGAGUUAACCAACGUAGGGAAAUGGGGGAGGCCCGCAGGAGGGGAAGGUUUGAAGCAGGGUGAAGAUUUGGCUGAAGCCUAAGGACACGGGUGACAAGUUGUGUUUGUGGAGCGAUCAAAAUAACUGACAUGAGCCUAGAAUAUCAUGACCCGGUGCAACUGGAGGGAGCAAGAGGUCGAUUUCUUCAAGCCCUUUAAAAUGUGAAACUUGUGAUUUUGCUACCUCUUCAAGUAACUUUGGUGACCUUGAGCGUCAGCUAGACUUAGGUUUUUGAUAUCACCUAAUCAUAUGAUACACACUCUGCCGGUGUUUGGAGGGAAAGGUACCACUCAUUGAUGCUAAGGCUGUUAAAUAUACUUAAGUAUGUUGACCUGUGCUAGCAUGAAGACCUCUAUAGGAAGUACCGGCAGGGGCGGAUGGGGUGGGUUGUUUAUAGAUAGGGAAAAGGAAACAAGAAACUAUAAAAGUUUCACUGUCCUGAGCAGUGCAAAAAUUUCUAAACAAGGAAGGGUUUCGAUAUAGUUUCGGCAAUUAUUUACUUUUGUGGAAAGUUCUGAAGAGGAAGUACAAUUAAAAGCGGAAUACUGAUACCUCGGAGUGGUUUUUUUCUCUUUUCCCUUGUUAUGAGGGUUGUCUAGGGACAUGGUAAUGUUAUGUAAAACACGGCAAUAGUCCAUAGCCUCACACCAUAUAGAAUUUUCAGUUUCUAACCCGG